CUUCGGCUGAAGUCAUGACUGAAGUUUUUCAGUGCUUUAGAAGAUGCAGCCCAAGCUUCGGCCUCAUUGCUUAUUUCGAGUUUCAGCAUUACAUAGCUAAGAUACCGUCCAUUGCGGUAUCAAACGUAUCUAGGACUAGGAACCUGGACCUGCUUAAUCAUCAAUAUAGGAGGGUAGCUCGCGUCGCGCGUUAGAUAAUCCCAAUUUUUUCUAGAAAAAUAUAUUUGUGGAGGGAAAGAUAACCAACAAUGGAUGGUAGCAUGGCUGUUCGUCUGCAACACAGAGUGCCAGUUUUGGUGGGUGCUUCUCGCUCUGCUUCUACAUGCUCCAUAUAUGCUUCUAUUCUUCAUUUCUCAACAAAAGUGACAAAUAGGUGCUUCGGAAGUAGAACACCUCGUCGCUUCAUACUAGGCCUUGGUGCCGCAUUUUUUCCUCAGUUCGUGGGCAUGGCGGGUAAAUGUGGAGGAAAAUCUUUCUUCGCUUCUGCAAGACAGCAAGGGAUCUCUUCCGUUGAACAGGUGCUGACAAAUGUUGAAUGGCCAGAAGAAUUUCCGUUCAAGGAAGAGGACUUCCAGCGAUUUGAUGAGUCACCAGAUUCUUUAUUCUAUGAGACACCACGCUUUGUGACACAUAUUGAUGAUCCGGCAAUUGCGGCACUUACAAAAUACUACUCUAAAGUUUUCCCACCUAGUAAUACUCCAGGAGUGAGUCUUCUUGAUUUAUGCAGCAGUUGGGUAAGUCAUUUUCCAGCAGGAUACAAACAAGACAGGAUAGUAGGUCUGGGUAUGAAUGAAGAAGAGCUUAAGCGAAAUCCUGUUCUAACUGAGUAUGUUGUACAAGAUUUAAAUGUGAAUCCCAAACUCCCAUUUGAAGAUGAUUCUUUUGAUGUCAUUACUAAUGUGGUUAGUGUUGAUUAUUUAACCAAGCCAAUUGAUGUUUUCAAAGAGAUGUAUCGGAUUCUUAAACCAAGGGGUCUAGCUAUAAUGAGCUUUUCAAACCGUUGUUUUUGGACAAAAGCAAUCUCCAUAUGGACUCAAACAGGUGAUGCUGAUCAUGUUCUGAUUGUUGGGUCAUAUUUCCAUUAUGCUGGAGGCUUUGAACCACCUCAGGCUGUAGAUAUAUCUCCCAAUCCAGGACGUUCAGAUCCAAUGUACAUUGUAUACUCUAGAAAAGCAUCCACUGCCUAGUAGACAUCUGUUCUUAUGACUGCCUUCUCUUUUCCAAUGUGCACAAAUUUAGAAUUGCUUAACAAAAACGCUGCUAGUAAGUGUUGGGUUUUGCAAAAAGAAUAGAAAAUGCAACCGGACUACAAAUUGUUUUAUACUUUGAGUGGAUAUCCUUGUAAGUUGUAACAGUGGUAUAUAUAUUCUGUUCCCUCCCCUCUUUUUUAAACAGGUCAUAUUACAUUUAGAAAAUAAUUGUAAUAUCUUUACAGUCAAAGACAAAUUUAAAGUUGAGGAAACAUUAACAUGGGGUGAUUCUAUAA